UUGCAACUUUUCUAGAUCCAUCACUUACUUCCGCACGCACAUCAGGGAGAAGACCGCGAACUGCACACACGCACGCACGGGGCACCGCGUCGAGGCCGCACACAUCGCAGACACUCGGAGCGCGCGCGUCACUUCUCCACUACCUCGACACAUCCGCGACCCACGCCAUGCUCAUCCCCGCGCCGCCCAUCCUGCGGCGCAUCUUCUCGUCGUCGCCGCUGCUCGCGCCGCUACUCCUCAUACUCGUGAUCGCGACGCUGAUCCUCAGCGCGAGCCCGACAGCAAGGAAACACACAUUGCCGUCGUCAUGGCGCGGCGUUGCAUCGCCCCCAGCCGCAGACGAGGACCUCACGCCAUUACCCCCGCUCUAUGCCGCGUCUUUGCCGAGCCUGCAGCUCCCCGUGGCGCUGGUCCGCUACCCCGCCCUCGCGUCCCGCCUGCACGACUUUCUCCUCCGCCCGCUGGAGAGCGCGCCGGUCGCCGCAAAGACCAACCACGAGUCGUGUCCCCUCCCCAUCGCGGACCUCAUCGUCAACCAGGACCAGCUGGAGGGAAACCGCGACUUCUGGGGUAACCUCACCACCGGCGACAUUGCUGAGCACCGCGCCGCGUUGGUCAACUGGCUCGCGGCGCAGGCAGAAGCCGGCGCAGAGAUUGUUGGCACACCGCAGACGGGCUCGGGGAGAGGUAUUGUCAUUACUGCCGGCAACCAGGACACGACGCGCCGCGCCAUCAUCCUCCUCAAGCAGCUCAAGCACGUCGGCAACUUCCUUCCCGUGGAGGUGUUCCACUACCCCGACGAGCUGACCGACGCUGGCGAGCGCGCCGAGAUCACGAGCCUCGGCGGCAAGAUUGUCCAAGUCACGGGCGUGACCAAGUCGGAGGGCGCGUGGAAGAACUGGCAGAUCAAGGGACUGGCCAUGAUCCAGUCGUCGUUCGCACAGCUCAUCUCACUCGACUCGGACAACCUCCCGCUCCGCUCCCUCGGACACCUGUUCGACGCCGAGGUGGUGCAGGACACGGGUGCGGCCUUCUGGCCCGACCUGUCCAAGGACCACGCGGACAACGCCAUCUGGCGUAUCGUCGGCGAGGCGUGCACGCUCGACCAGUGGACGUUCGAGUCUGGCCAGAUUGUCGUCGACAAGCGCGGCAACGACGGGCUCAACCUCGCUGCGCUGUGGCUCGCCGCCGGCAUGAUGGACGACCGCGACUGGUGGUUCAGGAUGUGCGGCGGCGACAAGGACACGUACCGCUGGGCGUGGCGCGUGCUCGACAUCCCGUAUGCGACGUCACCGCGGUGGAUGAGUGCGCUCGGGUUCCUCAACCCGCACGAAGGGGGCAGGUUCUGCGGGCACACAAUGCUGCAGUACGACCUCGUCACGCCCAAGGGCUUCACCGAGCCCCCGCCGCUGUUCGUGCACUCGAACUUGCUCAAGCAUCUCGGAGGGAGCACCCGCGAGCGCGGCAACGUCUUCACGCACAUCAAGCGCAUGGCGGCCGACACGAUCGACGACCCCUCCCUCAACUACGCCCACAUGCACGUGUACACUGGUGCCGGGCAGGGCAUGUGCCUCGACCUCGACAUGCACGACACGGCCAAGCAGGCCCUGAGUGAGGACCAGCUCAACUCGCAGGUGCCGCUCACGCUCGAGGUCGGUGAGCUUGACGGCCAGCCGUUCAAGGGCUUUGAGGACGCCUUCUUUGACGCCGGCGGGUUUGUUGGCGGCUGGUAGUGGUGAUGUCUCUCCUCUUUCUUGUCUAGACAAGUCAGUUCAUGUUGUAUCCAUCUCGAUAGACUACAUUGUAU